AUGCCUAAAUACGCAAAGUUCUUGAAAGAAAUCCUCACAAACCAGCAAAAACUCGAAAGCUUGUCUUGUGUGUUGAUGAAUGAAAUCUGUUCAGCUCUUCUCCAAAAUCGUUUACCUGAGAAGAUGAGAGCUCCGGGCAGUUUUACUCUUCCCUGCCUCAUUGGCAGCAUGUCUGUCAGUCACUCAUUGGCUGACUUAGGAGCAAGCAUAAAGCUUAUGCCUUAUAAGCUUUUUGCUAAAUUAGAUGUGGGUGAACCAUCACCCACUAGAAUGAGCAUUCAACUUGCAGACUGUUCAAUCAAGUAUCCACGUGGAUUCGUAGAAAAUAUGCUUGUUAAAAUUGAUAAAUUCGUAUUUCCCGUGGAUUUUGUUAUAUUAGACAUGGAUGAAGACUAA